AUGGGCGACGCGCAGGGGCGGAAAGUUUUGAAGUCGGCUGGACCUGGGAGCGAGCCCGGCUCGGGCGUCCCCCGCCGCGUGACCUCAGGCGGCGAGUCGGUCUCCCUGCGCUCCCCUCCGCCCCGCGUCGGUCAAGCGGGUUCAGUCUCAUCGGACCAGAUUGAGCAGCUCCAGGGGAGGUUCAAGCAGCUGAGUGGAGACCAGCCCACCAUCCGCAAAGAGAACUUCAAUAAUGUCCCCGACCUGGAGCUCAACCCGAUCCGAUCCAAGAUCGUCCGUGCCUUCUUUGACAACAGGAACCUGCGCAAAGGGCCCAGCGGCCUAGCCGACGAGAUCAACUUCGAGGACUUCCUGGUCAUCAUGUCCUACUUCCGGCCCAUCGAUACCAGCAUGGACGAGGAGCAGGUGGAGCUGUCCCGGAAGGAGAAACUGAGAUUUCUGUUCCACAUGUAUGACUCGGACAGCGAUGGCCGCAUCACGCUGGAAGAAUAUCGAAAUGUGGUGGAGGAGCUGCUCUCGGGGAACCCCCACAUCGAGAAGGAGUCGGCGCGCUCCAUCGCUGACGGGGCCAUGAGGGAGGCAGCCAGUGUGUGCGUGGGGCAGAUGGAGCCUGACCAGGUGUACGAGGGGAUCACCUUCGAGGACUUCCUCAAGAUCUGGCAGGGGAUUGACAUCGAGACCAAGAUGCACGUCCGCUUCCUAAACAUGGAAACCAUCGCCCUCUGCCACUGACCUGCCCGUCCCUGCGCCGAGAAGCCGCACUUUGCCGCGGGGUGGCUUCCUGCGUAGCCGGGGGUGGCCGGGGCCACGGUCUCCUGCCACGGCCCCUGCACGUAACCAACAGCUGCCGCUCACCUCCUGUCCUGUAGGGUACGGUACGUGGGACUUCGCUGUUUUUAUCUCUAAUAAAAUUUUAAAAAAAGGGUUAUUAAUGAA